AUCCCGCUCUCUACAACGACAUAGAAACCAAAAAUCAUGAAAUUCCUGAAAAAAUCCCUGAAAAUUUCGAUGCCAGGUUAGCCUGGCCUCGAUGUGAAUCGCUUCGCAGGAUCAGAAAUCAAGGUUCCUGUGGCUCCUGCUGGGUACUACCAUAAAAUCCCGUGAAAAAACAACUACCUUUUUUUUUCAGGCAUUUGGAGCUGUUGAAACAAUGAGUGAUAGACUUUGUAUCGCUUCAAAUGCAACCAUGAAAUUCGAAUUUUCAGCCCAGGACCUUUUAGCGUGUUGUACGGAAUGUGGGAAUGGGUGUGGGGGUGGGUAUUCGAGUCGAGCUUGGAAAUAUUGGGUUAGUAACGGAAUUGUAUCAGGAGGAGACUACAAUUCGAGUCAGGGUUGUCAUCCUUAUUCUGUACAAGCUUUCAAGGAUAGUACCACACCAAACUGCUCAAAUUUUUGUUCAAAUCCCGAUUACAAAACAAAUUACAGUGAGGAUAAACGUUACGGAGCUAACAAUUACCGAAUUUCUCAAAAUACCAAACAAAUUCAAGUCGAAAUUAUGACCAGUGGUCCAGUCCAAGCUAGUUAUGUCGUAUAUGAUGACUUUUACAGUUAUCAAAAUGGUGUUUACCAACAUGUCUUAGGUAACGUUUCCGGUCGCCAUUCUGUUAAAAUUCUAGGUUGGGGUAGUGAAAACGGUACUGAUUAUUGGUUGGUUGCAAAUUCGUGGAGUCGCAAUUGGGGUCGUUUAGGCGGCUUUUUUAAAUUUCUCAAAGGUGAAAAUCAUUGCGACAUCGAAAGCAACAUUCUUGGAGGUGAUCCAAGAAUUUGAAAAACUGAUUUGGUCAGGAUUGAUGACUUUGAACCAAUAUAACAAACAAACAAAAAAACUAUUUCAGUCUAGACUUUAAAUCAAUUAAAACUGUUUUCAAA